UGCAGAACUUUUUUAGAUUGUCUCCUGGAUUUUGCUUUGCUGAUGGCCUAGCUUCACUAGCCCUUCUACGACAAGGGAUGAAGACCGACUCUGAUGAUCAUGUUCUUGAUUGGGAUGUGACUGGUGCCUCUCUUUGUUAUCUAGCUGUGGAGGCCUUCACGUAUUUCCUUUUAACGCUUGGGAUAGAGUAUUUUUCACAUCGAAGGAUGACUCUAUCAAUACUUUAUCAAUGGUGGAAAGGAUCAAAAGAGGCUGUCUAUGCAACUUUCGGUAGCUCCUCAGAACCUCUUCUACAAUCAUCUGUAGAUGUAACUUCUGAACUCGAUGAGGACGUAGAUGUUCAAACAGAGAGAGUUCGCGUGCUAUCAGGCUUGACAGACAAUGCAAUCAUAUGCUUGUGUAACCUACGGAAGGUAUAUGAUGGAUGUAAGAAUCAUGGUCCUAAAAUUGCAGUCCAUUCGUUGACCUUCUCAGUCCAAGAAGGGGAAUGCUUUGGUUUUCUAGGGACAAAUGGAGCUGGGAAGACAACAACUCUGUCAAUGCUAUGUGGAGAAGAACAACCAAGUGAUGGAACUGCAUUUAUUUUUGGCAGAGACAUAUGUUCAAACCCAAGGAUUGCUCGUAGAGACAUUGGAUAUUGUCCGCAAUUUGAUGCUCUACUAGAAUUCUUAACAGUCCAAGAACAUCUUGAGCUCUAUGCAAGAAUUAAAGGAGUACCAGAGUAUGAGCUAGACGAUGUUGUUAUGGGAAAGUUAGUGGAGUUUGACCUGUUGAAGCAUGCUAAUAAGCCAUCAUUUGCCUUAAGUGGAGGGAACAAGCGGAAGUUGUCUGUUGCAAUUGCAAUGAUUGGAAAUCCACCUAUUGUAAUCCUUGAUGAGCCCUCUACUGGAAUGGAUCCUAUUGCCAAGCGUUUUAUGUGGGAAGUUAUAUCUCGUCUGUCAACUAGACGUGGAAAGACAGCUGUCAUCCUUACAACUCACAGCAUGAAUGAAGCUCAAGCUCUCUGCACAAGGAUUGGGAUUAUGGUUGGAGGAAAGCUGAGAUGCAUAGGAAGUCCGCAACAUUUAAAAACACGUUUUGGAAAUCAUCUAGAGCUUGAGGUCAAACCAAUUGAGGUCAGCUCAAAUGACUUGGAAAAUCUAUGCCAGCUAGUUAAAGAGAAACUAUUUGACCUUCCUCCCCUUCAAAGGAGUAGAGUUGAUGGCAUCGAAGUGUGUAUGGGAAAUAUAGAGUCCCAUACAUCUGUUGCAGAGAUUAGCUUAACAGCAGAGAUGAUAAUGACACUUGGAAGCUGGCUUGGCAAUGAAGAGAGAGUCAAAGAAAUUGCAUGUGCACCUGAUGAUUCUUCUGGUCGAGUUGAGCAAUUAGUAGAGCAGUUAGUUCGGGAUGGAGGAAUUCCGCUUCCAAUAUUUUGUGAGUGGUGGUUGGCUAAAGAGAAGUUUUCAGCAAUUGAUGCAUUCGUCCAAUCUUCGUUUCCUGGUGCAGCAUUUCAAGGCUGUAAUGGGUUGAGUGUCAAGUAUCAGUUGCCAUAUGGAGAAGAUAUCUCGCUGGCGGAUGUAUUUGGGCACAUAGAGAUGAACAGAGACCAGUUGGGGAUUUCAGAAUAUAGCGUGGGUCAGUCCACACUUGAGACAAUCUUCAAUCAUUUUGCAGCCAACUCUGCCUGCUGAACUCCGGGUUACCCUCAUAAAAGACCUCCAGGCUGUUCACUCAUUGACCCUUCCAGCCCUUAAACAAAGGUAUAUAUACUCUGUCCAUGUCCCCCCUCCUGUUUUGAAUUGGUCACAAUUUAACAUAAGUGGAGCGAGCACUGCUUGGUUGGUAUAUAAGAUAUGAUGAUUGAUGAAUACAUACACACGUAAAUAUAACAAUACGACAAUAUUUGUCCCACAAAGAUAGUUGAGUUUCAAUAUCGAACACGCUAUCAGUGCUUUAUUUUAUUCUCUGCUUGUAAAAAGCUUCGCCCUUUCCCUUUUUGUUCGCCCCAAACACCCAAGUUUUUUUUUAUGAGAGGGAAGGAGUAUGUAUGUACACUUAAAUACACCAUUCCAUCUAUAUAAUUAAUUAUUGUCACAUGA